ACCAGAAGGGAGGAGUUCAGCUUCUCAAUUUUUGUAAACCCGAGAGAAAGAGAAAGAUAAAGAGGUCGACAAAUGAGGAAGAAGGUUGACGAGCGAAUCAGAACUCUGAUCGAGAAUGGCGUCAAGACACGGCACCGGUCAAUGUUCGUCAUCGUCGGCGAUAAGUAUCGCGACCAGGUAGUUAAUCUUCACCACAUGCUCAGCAAGUCCGUCGUGAAGUCUCGGCCUACUGUUCUAUGGUGCUACAAGGAUAAAUUAGACCUUAGCAGUCACAAGAAAAAGCGUUCAAAACAGGUUAAAAAGUUAAUGCAAAGGGGGCUACUGGAUCCGGAGAAGGUUGAUCCUUUUUCACUUUUUCUUGAAAGUGGAGGAAUAAGAUAUUGCUUGUACAAAGAUUCAGAAAGGAUUCUUGGAAAUACAUUUGGCAUGUGCAUUCUACAGGAUUUUGAAGCACUGACUCCGAAUCUGCUGGCAAGAACAAUAGAAACAGUGGGGGGAGGUGGACUGAUUCUAUUGUUACUUCGUUCUUUAUCCUCACUAACCAGUCUCUACACCAUGGUUAUGGAUGUUCAUGGGAGAUUUCGUACCGAAUCUCAUUCCGAGGCAGCUGGACGCUUUAAUGAACGUUUUUUGUUAUCUCUUGCAUCAUGCAAAACAUGUGUUGUAAUGGAUGAUGAGCUAAAUAUUUUACCAAUUUCAUCUCAUAUAAGGUCAAUUACACCUGUACCAGUUAUGGAGGACUCAGAGGGGCUUUCUGAAGCGGAACGAGACUUGAAAAACUUGAAGGAACAACUAAACAACGAUCCUCUUGUUGGUCCUCUGAUUAAGAAAUGUUGUACAUUAGAUCAGGGAAAAGCUGUAAUUACAUUCCUUGAUACAAUUCUGGAUAAGACACUUCGUAGUACUGUUGCCUUACUUGCUGGACGUGGACGUGGAAAAUCAGCCGCACUUGGCUUGGCAGUUGCGGGAGCUGUUGCUGCUGGGUAUUCAAAUAUUUUUGUAACUGCACCCAGCCCCGAGAACUUGAAAACUCUGUUUGAGUUCGUUUGUAAAGGGUUUGAGACUCUUGGAUAUAAGGAGCAUCUAGAUUAUGAUGUGGUGAAAAGCACCAAUCCUGAGUUCAAGAAGGCAACUGUGAGGAUAAACAUCUACAAACAGCACAGGCAAACAAUCCAGUAUCUGCAGCCACAUGAACAUGAAAAGCUUUCCCAAGUUGAACUGUUAGUUGUUGAUGAAGCAGCAGCUAUUCCAUUGCCAGUUGUAAAGUCUUUACUUGGCCCAUAUUUGGUCUUCCUCUCAUCCACUGUGAAUGGCUAUGAAGGUACCGGUCGCUCCUUAUCAUUGAAGCUUCUACAACAAUUGGAAGAGCAGAGCCAGAUGAAUACUAAGAGUAUUGAUGGUACUCAAUCUGGGAGGGUUUUCAAGAAGGUUGAACUGAGUGAGGCAAUCAGAUAUGCUUCUGGUGAUCCAAUUGAAUCUUGGCUACAUGGUUUACUUUGUUUGGAUGUUACAAGCUCCAUCCCUAAUAUCAGCAGGUUGCCGCCUCCAAGUGAGUGUGAUCUGUAUUAUGUAAAGAGAGAUACACUCUUCUCCUAUCACAAAGACAGUGAGUUAUUUUUGCAGAGAAUGAUGGCCCUUUAUGUUGCUUCUCAUUACAAAAAUUCUCCGAAUGAUUUACAAUUAAUGGCUGAUGCUCCUGCACAUCACUUAUUUGUGUUACUUGGCCCUGUUGAUGAGUCGAAGAAUCACCUUCCUGAUAUUUUAUGUGUUAUCCAGGUCUGCCUUGAAGGGCAGAUAUCUCGUAAGUCCGCGAUGAAAAGUUUAAGUGAUGGUCAUCAACCCUUCGGUGAUCAAAUACCAUGGAAAUUUAGUGAACAGUUUCAGGACACAGUUUUUCCAAGCCUUUCAGGUGCUCGGAUUGUGCGUAUUGCUGUCCACCCAAGUGCAAUGCGGCUUGGAUAUGGUUCAACCGCUGUGGAACUUCUGACAAGGUACUAUGAAGGACAGUUUACUCCUAUAUCUGAGAACGAUGCUGAAAGUGUUGUUGACAAGUUUCAUGUCAGAGUUACAGAAGCAGCAGAGAAGGUUUCAUUGCUAGAAGAAAAUAUAAAGCCAAGAGUGAAUCUUCCGCCUCUGCUCGUCCAUCUUCGUGAACGACAACCUGAAAAGCUCCAUUAUAUUGGUGUCUCUUUUGGACUUACCAUGGAUCUUUUUCGUUUUUGGAGAAAACACAAGUUUGCACCUUUCUACAUUGGCCAGAUCCCAAGUACUGUGACUGGUGAGCACUCCUGCAUGAUUUUGAAGCCUUUGAACAAUGAUGACAUAGAAGUUAGUGGCUCAGAUCAGUGGGGCUUUUUUGGUCCAUUUUAUCAGGAUUUCCGUCGAAGGUUUACCAGACUACUGGGUUCUAGUUUUAGAACGAUGGAGUACAAACUUGCAAUGAGCAUCUUGGAUCCAAAGAUCAACUUCACAGAGAAGGAUCCUGGGGUAUCCACUUCAAUUGAAUUUGUAAGGUCGCUGGGUGAAAUUAUGUCCCCUCAUGAUAUGAAACGACUGGAAGCUUAUACAAACAAUCUCGUAGAUUUCCAUAUGAUCCUAGACCUUUUACCACUUGUUGCUCAUCAGUAUUUCCAAGAGAAGCUUCCAGUUACUUUAUCGUAUGCUCAGGCUUCUGUUUUACUAUGCAUGGGAUUGCAGAGUCAAAAUGUAACUUAUUUGGAGGGACAGAUGAAGUUGGAAAGGCAGCAGAUAUUAUCACUGUUCAUAAAAGCAAUGAAAAAGUUACACAAGUAUCUAGACAGUAUUGCAUCUGAGGAGAUUAAGUCAACUCUGCCUCGAAUUAAAGAAGUUGUUAUGUUACCUCAUGAUGUGUCAGUCGAUGAUGAUCUUAAUGAUGCAGCGAAGCAAGUAAAGGCCAAGAUGCAAGCUGAAACCGAGAAUUUAUUGAAUCCGGAGUUUCUACAACAGUAUGCUAUUGCGGACAGAGAUACUGAUUUUGAGAAUGCUCUGCCAAAUGGGGCAGGGAAGAUACCCUCAAGUGGUCUUAUUAGCAUCAAAUCCAGUAGAAAUAAAAUGGAGAAGCAUGUAAAGCAGAAAGAAAGUGAUAGUGGAAAGAAGAGAGGGAAGAAUGACAGUGGGUUCAGAUCAAACAAAAAGAAGAAACCUUAAAUCUUUGGACUGUUCCGCUAAUGAGUUGAUUGAUAAGAGCAGAUACACCAGUGUUGGCCUUCAUUUGUGCCACGUUGGCCUGCUACAGCCAAACACCUUAGGAUAAAGGAGAGGCGCAGAGGCACUAUUAGUGUUAUUGUCUGAUGCAAAAUAUUUAGGUUAUAAUUGAAUUAGCGAAAGAUACGAGAUCCAGUUUUGGAACAAUGGUGUUUGGGGAUCGGGAUAAUUUCAUUCUGGCAUUGCUUUUCCUUGCCUAUGCUUUCAGAUCAAUGUAAUUAUUCCUGUAUUGGAUUUU